AUGAGCUAUAGUUCAUUAGACAUUUUGCCUAACGAUAUUCUUUAUGAAAUUUUUGGUUAUUUAUCUCCAAUUGAUGUUAUUGAAUCGUUUUUUUCGUUGAGUAAACGUUUAUCCAGAAUCAUAGUAAAUGAAUAUGUGUGGCACAUUCGUAUUGGUGAUUCAACAAUGUCAUUAUCAAUGUUCAAUGAUCAUUGUCAAAACGUCUUGCAAUUGAUAGGAGGUCGUGUUGUCUCAUUACGUCUGAUAUUAAUCAAUGUUAUCAAUGGAUGGCCACUCAUUUCAUCUUCUCUUCGAUCCCAUUCCACAACAUUCCUUCAACGUCUACAUCUGAUCGACAUUGAACCACAUGAAUUUGAUAAAUUAUUACGAAGUCAGUUAAUAAAACAAAUACAUACAUUAUUAGUUGAUAUAACCUCAUCUAAUCGAUUCAAUUGUCUUCAAGUUGAAGGAGUUUAUCUAGUUCAAGUGUGUUCAAGAAUGCCUCUCGUCAAAAUUUGUCGACUUCCAUUUAACCAUGAUGUUAGCAUUAUGAAUCAAAUAAAAACGUUUUCAUUAGGAUAUCAAAUGACUUUACCAAAUUUAUUAAAUGCAAAUCAUCUUCGUACAUUGACUGUUGGCAUACAUUCGUCAUACUUUCUGGGACGUUUACUAUUAUGCAUACCUUUUGUUGAGAAUCUUUCUUUUGGUAUAGACGAUCGAGAUAUUAAUGAAAGCGAUUUUCAUGAAAAAAUCUCAAUGCCUGCCACUAUUGGUGUUCAUCUUCUUCGGCACUUAUCUCGUCUACGCAUAUAUUGUUUGAAUAGCAUAAGUUUCCAUCGAACUAUUGCACUUUUAUCAUCUGUGUUUGGUCAACUUCAUCAUUUAUCAUUAAAAUUACUAGCAUGUACGUUCAUUUCUGGUCCAUUGAUUAUAUCAGGUGAUAUAAUACAACAAUUAUGUAUUGAUCGCUUUCAACCAACGGCAACUUAUAGUCUUGAUCUAGUAUUACAUGCUAAGAACGAUUUGGAAGAAAAAAUAAUUUUCAACUCAUUUUUCAAAGUUCCAUUUACUCAUCGACAACGACCGAGGGUAUUCAUUCAAGAAUGCAGUAAUAUGGGUAUCGGUUAUAUGUAUCAUUGUUUUAUGGUAUAUACUUUGCCAUAUAAAGACGAAAUUCUUCCAUCGAACAUGCUUACUAAAGAUCUUGAAGAAUCUUUACAAAUGUCAACUAGCGCCAUAGAUUUAUUUCCACGCGCUAAUCAGUUAAUGCUGCAUGGUUAUAAGUUCAAGAAGUAUCGUCGAGAUCCCGGUAACUGCAUAAGUUCCAUGUCAUCAUUAGUUCCAUGGUCACUAAUAACAAAUAUUUCAAUCAAUCAUAGUGAUGCUAUUAGUGUAGUUGCAUUACAGUCCAUAUUACGGAUGGCUUAUAAUGUGCAUAAACUAAGAAUAUUCGAUGAUACAGGAGUUUUACUACGUGCACUAUUAUAUAGUAAUGAUAAUCUCGAACUUCGCGUCAAUCAACAAGUAAAAUCGUUGGACAUCUACGAUGUAACUUGGACAUUACAAAAUGUUGAACGGUUUUGCAUAUUAUUAUCGAAUCGAUUUCCUAACUUGAAGACACUUUCAAUGCAUAUUUUGGAUUCAUAUGAUCAAUGGAAAUGGAGACCAUCUCGUAUAAUUGACGGGAAAAACAAAUCAACAAAACGUAUUGUUAAUCUUGUUUAUUUACUUGUUGAUAAUUUCAAACAACUUGUGUCGCUUGAUAUCUACUUUUCUAAUGAAAAUUUCUCUGAUACACCUUGUUUUCCACAUUUAAUCCGACGACAACUAUAUCAAUAUCCACCUAGUCGACCUCAUCGGUUACAAUGUUCUUCCAAUCGAAUUCAACUCUGGCUGUAA